CCGUCAGGGUGCAAAUGCACACGUGUAGGAAAGGAUGUCGACCUCCAACCUCCCCCGGGUCAUCUCCAUCUGGUCUAGGGAUCUAUGACCCAGUACCGGAACACUAAACGGCUUCUCGGCUUUCCCGCCGUAAGAGACCUAAAUCAUGGCCCAUGGACAUGAACAUGGUCAUGGUCAUGGUCAUGGUAAAAUGGAACUUCCAGAUUAUAAGCAGUGGAAGAUAGAAGGAACACCAUUAGAAACUGUCCAGGAGAAGCUGGCUGCACAAGGACUAAGAGAUCCAUGGGCCCGGAAUGAAGCUUGGAGAUACAUGGGUGGCUUUGCAAACAAUGUUUCCUUCAUUGGUGCAUUAUUAAAAGGGUUCAAGUGGGGAUUUGCUGCAUUUGUGGUAGCUGUAGGGACCGAAUACUUCCUGGAAUCCUCAAAUAAAGAUAAAAAACAUCACUGAAGAAAUACCUGGAAGUAUCUUAGUGACUUCUUAACUCUUAUAAAAUAUUUCUCCACUUAGUCUGCCUGUUUGUGUGUUAGUCCCUUUUAAGGGACAAUACUGGUAAGAUUUAAUAAAUUAAAAUCAUGCCAGUC